AAUUCCACCGCCUUAUUCCCAGACUGUCCUACAGAGGGCAGCCGAGGCCAGCGACGGGGGACAAACCGCUCCGCCCACACCUCGGCUCCUACACGAGCGCUCAAGGGCAGGGAUUCGUCUUGUUUCAGUCGCUGCUGUAGCUCUGGCAUCUAGGACAGCACGUGGCACGCGGGCACUCAACUAAUUACCUGUCGAAUGAAUGCCCCCGCGUAAAAAUACCUCACCACCAAGGAGCAGUUCCACGAGUUUCUGGAAGCCAGAGGGCAGGAGAAGCCCAGCCAGGAAACCGAGGCAGGGGACCCUGGUGGCAGUGACCUGGUUGAACCUGAGGCCAAGCGGAUCCGACUGGAAGAUGGGCAGACGGGGGAGGCAGCUGAACCUGGGGAGCAGCCGCAGGUUCAGAAGAGAGCCCGGGGCCAGAACAAAGGGCGGCCCCACAUGAAACCCACCCACUAUGACAAUAAUAGGCUCUGCCCCUCCCUGGUCCAGCUGGACUAACAGGCUCGAUGAUGUCACCCGUGCGCCCAAGGACACACAACCAGGAGGGGAGGGAUUUGAGGGUCUCAGCCGGGCUGCCUGGCUGUCUCAGCCCCUUCCCGUCCUCCCUCGUCGCCUCUUCGUUUCCACGCAGGAAUCAGCCGCAAAGUGUUUCUUUGGUGACCGCUGCCGUUUCCUGCAUGACGUGGGCCGCUACCUGGAAACCAAGCCGUCGGACCUGGGCCCCCGCUGUGUGCUGUUCGAGACCUUCGGCAGGUGUCCCUAUGGGGUCACCUGCCGCUUCGCCGGGGCGCAUCUGGGACCCGACGGCCAGAACCUGGUGCGGGACGAGUGGGUCCAGGCCCCGGCCGUGCGCAACGGCCUGGACAAGGCCCUGCAGCAGCUGCUGCGAAAGCGUAAGGUCCGCUUUGAACGCGCCGAGCAGGCCCUACGCCAGCUGAGCAGGGACCGGGUGCCAGGCCCCUCCCCCGCUGCCGCAGUCCCCGAGGUCGCGGGGGCCGAAAGCGCCCCCGGGCAGGACAGUGGUGACACCCAGCAGGCCCUCCCGGGGCCGGACGCCGGUGCCCUUCCCAGCGGCUCGGUGUGGACCCGUGGGCCCCUGACGGAUGAGGACGUAGUCAGGCCGCGGCCUUGUGAGAAGAGAAAGCUGGACAUCCACGGCAAACUGUACCUGGCCCCCCUCACCACGUGCGGGAACCUGCCCUUCCGGCGGAUCUGUAAGCGCUUCGGGGCCGACGUGACGUGUGGGGAGAUGGCCGUGUGCACCAACCUGCUGCAGGGCCAGACGUCCGAGUGGGCUCUGCUCAGACGCCACCAGUGCGAGGAUGUCUUUGGCGUCCAGCUCGAGGGCGCCUUCCCUGACACCAUGACCAAGUGCGCCGAGCUGCUCAACCGCACCAUCGAGGUGGAUUUCGUGGAUAUCAACGUCGGGUGCCCCAUUGACCUCGUGUACAAGAAGGGCGGGGGCUGUGCCCUCAUGAACCGCUCGGCCAAGUUCCAGCAGAUCGUCCGCGGCAUGAACCAGGUGCUGGACGUGCCCCUGACGGUGAAGAUCCGCACGGGCGUCCAGGAGCGCGUGAACCUGGCGCACCGGCUGCUGCCCGAGCUGCGGGACUGGGGCGCGGCCCUGGUCACGCUCCACGGCCGAUCUCGGGAGCAGCGCUACACCAAGCUGGCUGACUGGCAGUACAUCGAGCAGUGCGUGACAGCGGCCAGCCCCAUGCCCCUGUUCGGAAACGGGGACAUCCUGUCGUAUGAGGAUGCCAACCGUGCCAUGCAGACUGGCGUCGCCGGGAUCAUGAUCGCCCGCGGUGCCCUGCUGAAGCCGUGGCUGUUCACGGAGAUCAAGGAGCAGCGGCACUGGGACAUCUCGUCGUCCGAGCGCCUGGCCAUCCUGCAGGACUUCACGCGCUACGGCCUGGAGCACUGGGGCUCAGACACGCAGGGCGUGGAGAAGACCCGGCGAUUCCUCCUCGAGUGGCUUUCCUUCCUGUGCAGGUACGUGCCCGUGGGCCUGCUGGAGCGGCUCCCGCAGAGGAUCAACGAGCGGCCGCCCUACUACCUGGGCCGCAACUACCUGGAGACGCUCAUGGCCAGCCAGAAGGCGGCCGACUGGAUCCGAAUCAGUGAGAUGCUGCUGGGACCCGUGCCACCCAACUUCGUCUUUCUGCCAAAGCACAAGGCCAACGCGUACAAGUAGUCGUGGGGGUGGGAAGGGGCGUCUGAGGGCCCAGCGGGGUCUCCUGCUGCGUGAGCAGACAAUAAAUUUUAUUCUUUUAAAACCCAG